AUGAUGCGUCUCUUCGUGUUGUUUCUUCUUAUCGUUGAGUGUUCGAGUUGGGGUAACAUACGGGUAACAGUUGAUGAAAAAGGAGGAUAUAAUAUUAGUAUUGGUGAUCGUGUUUGGCUUCGUUCAUCUCGUACAGCUAUCCACGUAGAUAAUAAAUGGUAUUCAUCAGAUGAUAAUUCAUUACCAUUCACUGAUCUAAGUUAUGGAAGUGGUUUUGAUCCAAAACUAGGUGAUUAUAGAGAUUUUCAAUUGUCUUACGAUCUUGUUCGUGGUGGAAUACAUACGAAAAUGGUUGGUCAUAUACGUGAUUGGUAUUCUGCUUCAGGAAUUUCGUUUCAUUUGGAUACAGGUGAUCAAAUUCUACCGAAUACUAUGCCUCUUGAUAUGAACGAUGUUCGUACAGUUUUUCCAUCAUUUUUUAUUGAACAAAUUGAUGAAAAAGAUGAACGAGGUUACUUUACGUUUCAAGGUACAAUGGCAGGUGAUGAUGAAAAGCAUGCUGGUCGAUGGACAUCAUCAAGUCAAAUUGUUCAGUCAGGAAUCGGAUCAGGUCCGAUAGUUGUUUUUAAUUUAACUCAAAAAGGAGAAGGCGAUCUAUUAGUACUUUCACCAUUUUCACACUUUAUGAGUAGUUCAUUCAGUCAAACAAAACAAAAUACAUUGGAAUAUGGUGUUAUGGGUUCAAUAUUAUCCAUUCCAGCAAAUUAUAAUCAUUCAAUGAUGGUUUUUUAUUCACCAAAUGGCAUCAAUCAAGGCAUUAGAGCAUGGGGUCAAAUGAUGCAAAAAGAAUAUAAUCGUACACAAAAAUAUCGUUCAUCUGAUUUAACAAACAAUUACCUUGGAUAUUAUACCGAUAAUGGUGGAUAUUAUUAUUAUAAUACAGAAAAAGGAUUAAAUUAUGAAGAAACAAUGGUAGAUAUUCGUCAUCGACUUCAACUUCCAAUUCAUUAUUUAGAACUUGAUUCAUGGUGGUAUUAUAAAGGUCAAGGUGAUGGUACUUCACAAUGGACAGCACGUCCAAAUAUAUUUCCUGAUGGUCUUGUCAAUUUACAUCGUCGAUUAGAAAAUAUUCCAUUAGCAGCACAUAAUCGUUAUUGGUCAUAUGAUACUGUUUAUAAGCGAAAUUAUUCAUUUGCUCUCGAUGAAAAUAAUCAAAAAGCAUUACCUAUUGGAAAUGAUUCAUUUUGGAUUGAUUUAUUAACUCAAGCUCAUGAUUGGGGUCUUGUUCUCUAUGAACAAGAUUGGCUUUCUCCUCAAACAAUAGAAUUUUCACCUUUACUCUCUGAUAUUCAACUUGGACAACAAUGGUUAUCAUCAAUGGGUCAAGCAGCUGAUCAAAUAGGUAUCAAUAUUCAAUAUUGUAUGAGUUUACCACGUCAUAUACUUAGUGCUUUACUAAUUCCACGUGUUACACAAGCACGAGCAUCAACAGAUUAUGCACUUCAUCUUGAAGGUGAAGUACAACAAUGGGCUAUAGGUAUAUCCAGUAUGUUUCUGGAUGCCAUCGGUUUAGCACCAUUUAAAGAUGUAUUUUGGUCAACAUCAAUUCAACCAGAUGCUCCUUAUAAGUCAAAUCCAAAAGAAGUUCUUCCAGAACGAGAAGCAUUUAUCGCAACAUUAUCUACUGGACCUGUUAGUCCAGGUGAUGCAAUAAAUUAUACAAAUAAAGAUCUUAUUAUGAAAUGUUGUCGACCAGAUGGGUUAAUUUUUAAACCAGAUCGACCACUAACAAUGAUCAAUAGAUUAAUAUCAGAUUGGGCUUUCUAUAAUGGUACUUCCCAAGGUGAACUUUAUUCUACUGAAACAGUCAUCACGUAUCAACAUCCUAUUACAUUCUAUACUAUCUUUGCUUCAGCGAUGAAAAGAGAUUAUCAAAUUUAUUCUUCAAUGAUUGGAGUUCAAUCAGGAAUAAUUUGGUCGCAUGAUAAUCCGAGUGAAGUAGCGACUUUUGAUAAUGAACAUCCUUUAAAUGUAUUCGCAAGUAAAUGUCAUGAUUUAUCAAUAUGUCGUUGGGGUGUAUCACCAAUUGUGCAAUUCGCUGAUAAAACACAAUACGCUUUUCUUGGUGAAUGGAAUAAAUGGACACCAGUUAGCGCUCAACGAGUUGUUUAUAUAACUAAUAUGAUCGGAAUUAAUUUGGCAGAAAUAGGUCUUCAAGGGCUACUUAAUGAAAUGUCUACAUUCCUUGUUUAUCAUUCUACUUUAGGAGUGGUUAAUGUAACGUGUCCAUUUGGACCUGAUGCAGGUGAAGCUCAAAUUGUUAUUGACACAACAAGGGUUAUUUGUGUCUUUUAA